UUCGCAUUCUGCAAUUGGGCAAUUAAAUGCCUUUUUUCUUUCAACCUUGAUUUCAUGCACUCAUUUAACAAAUGUAGCAAAAGUAUUUGCCGAGAAUCAUUUUUUUUUCUUCUUUUCUCACACCAUUCUGUUAACAGACGGGCUAUUUAUGGUUUAUCAUGAAUUAAAACCCCCGUGAUAACAUAAUUGGGGAAUUGAAUAGAAAUGUAUUAAUAAUCCAUGAAUAUUUUACAGGCUGUGCUGUUCAAAUAGAAGCUAUUUGGGAUUCGAUUGCAACCAAGUACAAAAUGCUUACAGGUGAAAUGAGCUAUCGAUUGUUGUUUGUGGCUGCGAUGUUUGUAUCGCAAGAAAUUACAGAACUCAAGUCACAGAGUCAUCAGAAACAACUCUCUCAAUUCAUCCAAAAUCUUGCUGCCAAAGGUUAUGAUAAGAGAAUUCGCCCAUAUGAGGAUAAAGCCACUCAAGUCUCAAUACAAAUUGGUUUGCUCGCUGUAGGCCCUGUUAACCUUCAAAGAAUGACGAUGGGAAGUGACAUUCUUCUAAGGCUUUGGUGGCAGGACCCACGGCUCGCCUUUGACAACAAUACUGAUCUUACACUAUCAGAAAACCCAGCUGCCUUGAUUUGGAUACCUGAUGUGUAUAUUUUCAAUGCAAUAGAAACAAAGAACCACAAAGCUUUAAAAAGAAACUUGCGAGUAAAGAUUGGACCCAGUGGCAAUAUCUACAUAAGUUGGAGGCUAACCAUAGAGUUUUCCUGUGAUAUGAAUUUUCAGCUAUUUCCAAUGGACACUCAGAUUUGCACAAUGAAUUUAGAAAGCUUUGCGUACACAAGCAAAGAAGUGUCUUUGGAAUGGAUUCAAAUUGCAGAAGCGAUUGAAUUUACAAGAAACCCAAAAUUGUCUGGUUACACAAUAAAAGCUAUUGGCAAUGUCACUGAUCAGUUUGAUUAUGGUAUUGCAUCAAAGUUCAAAAUCUUGCAAGCCGUAUUUUCCUUGAAGAGACAGUUCCAUUUUUAUCUGUACCAUACAUACAUUCCAAGCUGUUUAAUUGUCAUUCUAUCGUUUGCUGGAUUCUGGAUACCAGUCCAUGCAAUUCCUGCCAGGGUGACUCUCAUAGUUACAAGCUUCCUCACAAGCAUGGUUGUGUUCAGUGAUGCAGGAAACACGAUUCCUCACGUGCCUUACCAUACCGCAGUGGAACUUUUUGCGCUGAUCAACAUGAUUUUCAUUUUCAUGACCAUGAUUGAGUAUGUAACGAUUCUAAGCCAGCUAAACAACGCUCAGAAGCCCAAGACGAAAAGAAGAGGCCCUCAGUUUGUUUCUUUUUCACUAAAUCCUUUCCAAAAUCACCACAUAAAUCAUGGUUUCGAAGAGAAUGACAAUUAUAUCAGAGAUAGAAGUUUGAAGCCAUCUUCUGAAAAUCAAAAUAAAGAAGCUCGAAGUGAAGAAAACCGAAACCUUCUUCUACAUGAGACGCACAACCUUGAUCGGAUUUCGCGAAUAUGUUUUCCUCUUAGUUACUUUAUUUUUCUUAUAGUUUAUUUUAUCUACUACUUUUUCAUUGCUAAAUGAACAUUUAUAUGGAUGCUUGUGAUUUUGUUUUAAACGUUGUUGAUAAGAAAAUAUUAUUACGACUGCAUUUUAAGAUCUCAUUCAAUAUUAUUUUCAUGAUUUUAACCUAAGAUAUAACCAAGAAGCUUUCGAUUUGUGCCUACGAGUUGAACUCUUGAGUACAAAAUUAGUUUAAUUAGGUAAGGAGGGCAUUUGUUUGUCAACUUCUGUCUAUAUCGUCACCUGUUGUGUUACGUAGACCGGUGAAUUUUGUUUGAAGUGUUUUCUAGACACGAUAUGAAACCAAUUUUUAAUAAAACAUUUGAUAAACAGAAAGUGCGUCACAACAAAACUCAAUUAGAUGAAACUUCAAUAAUGGGUUACGAUUGUAGAGUUAAUAUAUUAAAGAUAUGUAAGGUUGAUAUGAUUACUAUUCAUCACCUAUAGCUAAUUUGAAAAGCCCUACUUACAGCAACAUGAAAGAUAAAUGCAUCAAACCUGUAUGCAUUGCAUAAUUUAUACCCAUUUUUGGAUUGCUAAUUUAUGUUUAAUGACUGACGCAAUCGCAUGGUAAAGCAGAAUGGCCGUUGAUGACAUACAAUCACCAGGGCGUAAUGCUGGGGUAUGAGUUUAAAUUGACAGCGUUUCUGCAUUAAUUUCUCGAAGCCAAACACAUGGCAAUAACAUAUCAUUUUUGGAAACAUAUCUUGCCCAAUUCAGUCAGCAACACGAAUACACCAAAUAGAUAUCCAAAAUUAAAACUGAAUCUGCUUAGAGUUUUGGCAUCGAACUGAAUCUGCUUAAUUAAGACUUCAAAUGCCCAGCUUUUGCUGAAUAUUCGAUAUUGAUACAAAUUUAGAUAGCAUAUGGAACAAACGUGGCUCUAAAUGUGCUAUUUUUGCUUACUGUAUGUAGCUUUAAAGCUUGGCUUCAACAUCUAGCAAUGAAGCCGUAAAAAUUAUUGAAUAAUACCGUGAAAGCUCUAUUAAGCUCCCCUCUCUUUUGAAUCCCCCUCUCUUUUAAGCCCCCUUCUCUAUAAAGCCCUCUUUAUCAAGCAAAAAUUUGAAAUAAUCCCCCCCUCUAUAGAGUUCUAAAGUGAUGACGUCACAAAAAUCUAUUUUUGGAAUUUUUUAAUUUGGACCCCAUAACCUGAAAGAGCAUCAUGAAAUAUCUCUAAAUGUGCAAAAUCAGGCAAGUGUAUUACGAAAUGGCAGAGAUAUGGCCACAUGUUUAUUGGUUCUCUCCCCAUCAAACCUCUGUAUUUUGGUCUCUGUUCAUAACUUUAUGAACAGAGCCAAAAUUACAGUGAUUCGUUAGCAAACUUCAAAUCUUUCAUUAGCCAUAUCUCAACUAAUUUUAGACAUAUUCGGCCAAUUUUGCGUAUUUGAAAAUAUUUCAUAGUGAUUUUUUAUGCUAUGUGGUUAAAAUUCAAAAAUUCUAAAAAUAGGUUUUUGAUGACGUCACACUUUAGAACUCUAUUAAGCCCCUCUCUUAGGCCCUUGAUUUCAAACAAAGAAAACAUAUGCACUGAGUGGCUCUCUAGACAGGUGUCAUGACGAUAUGAUUGUGCGCAUUAAAAACGGCCCAAGUAAAUAUUUACUUGCGCGACUUAGAUGUCAGCAAAAAUCUGUUUAGAAGAUAUUCCAGGGGAUAUCAAUUGAUCCUGUUGACAGAGGAAGAUGAAGACAUUAUAAUUGACUGAUUUUAGGAACCAUUUGAAGCUGUUAGGAAGGUUUUGAGAACAUUUUUAUGAAAUUUUCAUAACAAAAAAUGCAUAACGGAAAUUUUAUAACAUUUUAAAGAUUAAAUUAUUAAUAAGCCUCCCUCUCCAAUAAGCUCCCCUCUCUGAUAAGCCCCUCUAAGACUGAAAAAAUUAAGUAAGCCCUCCUGGGGCUUAACAGAGCUUUUACGAUAUGUAUCGUUUAGUUUGCUGGGAAAGACUAGAUACUAACUUUUUAUACGUACUCUAUAAAGAAUUCUCUUCAAAUUUAUUGUAAAUUUGUCAGGGCCUUUUUAUCAUCUAGGGAGGGAGGCAUUUGCCCCCGCAGCCCCAACGACUUUCCAUUGUUUCAAACAAUAUGCUUAUGUCCCCAUCUUAAAAUAAAUAAAGGUUUGCCCCAACAGCUAACCUCGCUUGGAAUAGGCUAUGAAUUUUGUCGCUGAAAACAUCACUGAAAAAGUUUAUUUUAAAGACAAUUUCACACAGAGAAUAAGCCUUAACUUGAAAUAUUUCUGUUAUAAUGCAAUUCAUGAGUCAUUAAAGCUCGUUAUUGUCCUACUUUUGUACUUGAGAAGUUUUAAUGUUUUAUUUUUUACUCUGAAGAACAAAACAAUAAGACACUCGGGCAGUGAGUGUAGACAUUGCAAACGUUACAAAAGUAGAAUUACUUUAAAUUACUUAUAAGGCAGUACCCCUGGAUGGUAAUACCAAUUUAUAGCUUGCAAAAGAACCUACCCACGCUCAAAUAGACCAUCUUGGAACAUAUGCAUGUUCAAAAUUAGACUACUUUCUUUAGAUACCCUAACGAUGUAUAAUCAGGUCUUCGUCGAUUUCCAAGCUAAUUGCUCGUGUAGUUGGUUAAGUGAAUAGGUAAAUGUACACAUUGCGAAAGUUACCAUGAUGCCUUUAAACAUUAAAUGGCCGGUAAAAUCAACACCAAUGUUCGAAAACGGACGGCUAGACGUGUCCACGCGAAA